GUGGAUUUCCUUUAAGAACAGACUGAACCAGAGGAAGCAGCUGCUGCAGGGCCAGUGCGCUCAAUGUCAUCGGUCACCGGAGAAGAUGAUUACAGCGAGGUCGGUAAAGCUUUUGGCCCAUGAAGAUAUUCACUCAAGUUGUCUCACUGAGCACGCUAUGGCUGUACCCUGACACUGUCAUCUGUUCAACCGGUUUUCUCCAACCCCCCCCCCCCCCCCCCCUCCCAUUCAGCCCCUCUUCCCUCCUCCUCAACCUGUUGCCUAUUUAUACCCUGUCUCAAAAGAGCCCAUUAAAGCUCCACAGACCUCUUCUGCAAGAGACAACAGUGAGCAUGAACCCGAUAACACAUGGUCAAUCUGAUCGUCCAUCUCAUCAUCUACACCGACAUCUACAAAUAAGGAAAAAUGAAGCUUCAACUGUUGGGAGUUCUUGAAAUGCAGCAAGACUACAACUGCGCCACGAUUCAGAUGACAAACUGAUCGUGAUAUUCCAUUGUGCCGAGAGCAGUUUAUCAGCUGCAUUUGAUUUGGGACAUUUUGGAUGCAACACGCACCUGGGUCCAUGGACUGGAGGUUCUGUCCUGUUUCAAUGAAAUGCUGGAAAACACACAUUCAUAACAUUUGUUUAGUGACUCAGUUGGCUAAAAAGCAAUGAGAUUUGGGCAAGGACACUGAAAGAAUUUACCUUCUAAGUGGCUCACAUAUCUGAAAUCCUCCACCACUCCCAGCCAUGAGAUAAGCCCAUGCCACCCUGGGCAUCCCUUGCAGGAUGACUGCUGUCUGCCCCUCUGAGAGCAGCCCGGAAGGGGCUGAAGCUGGGGCAGGGACAGCAGGCUCUGGGGAGUCUGGGACAGAAGGCACCGCUGGGAGCAUCUCCGUUUCUGGCGCACGGACUGGGGAGUCUAAUGCAGACUCUGUCGGAGGUUCGAUUGGAGGCACAGCUGUGGUCACUGGUGGCCAAAGGUACACCCGCUGGAGCCGCCAGGACAGCUCAGACAUCAACACAGACGAUGAGGGAGCCACCAUCCGCCGCCUCACUCCCCUGGAAAGGCUGAACCUGGAUAUGUGCCAGGAUGAAAGGGUGGUCCGUGAGCUAACACUGGGCAGAAGAAUUGGCUUCUACAAAAUUCGAGGAGAGAUCGGCUGUGGAAAUUUCUCCCAUGUCAAGCUAGGAAUUCAUGCCCUCACCAAAGACAAAGUGGCCAUAAAGAUCCUAGACAAAACCAAGCUGGAUCAGAAGACCCAGAGGCUGUUGUCCAGAGAGAUGUCUAGCAUGGAGAAACUACACCAUCCCAACAUCAUACGCCUCUAUGAGGUGGUGGAGACGCUGUCACGGUUACACCUGGUGAUGGAGUAUGCGGGGGGAGGGGAGCUCUAUACCAAGAUUACUACAGAGGGGAAACUUUCUGACACUGAGAGCAAGAUUGUCUUCGCUCAGAUCCUCUCGGCUGUCAAACACAUGCAUGAAAACAACAUUAUCCACCGUGACCUGAAGGCAGAAAAUGUCUUCUACACCAACAGCUCUUGUGUCAAGGUCGGGGACUUUGGCUUUAGCACGCUGAGCCGCCGUAGCGAGACACUGAACACAUUCUGCGGCUCACCGCCUUACGCUGCGCCUGAGCUGUUUCGGGAUGAGCAUUAUGUGGGCAUAUUUGUAGACAUCUGGGCCCUGGGGGUGAUGCUGUUCUUUAUGGUGACAGGCACCAUGCCGUUCAGGGCCGACACUGUGGCCAAACUGAAGCGAUGCAUCCUGGAGGGGGCCUACAUCCUGCCCUCGUGGGUGCCAGAGGCAUGCCAGAGGCUGAUCAGGGGAAUCCUCCAGCCCAUACCAUGUGACCGCUGCACAGUGGAGCAGAUGAUGGGCUGUGAGUGGCUGCUCCCUGUGGACUUCCCGCGUGCCAUGGAUCCCUUUAAACUAGACCCAUCCUACCUAGCAGAGAGUGAUCCGUCUGAACUCAGGGAGGAAGAGACGGAGGUAAAAGCAGCACUGGAGACACUGGGGAUCACCUCAGAACACAUCCUCAACAACCAGGGGAAAGACUGCAGGAGCUCCAUCACAGGGGUCUACAGGAUCCUACUACACCGUGCUCACAAGAGAAGAGCUGUUGAGAGCGUGCCUGCGGUCACAAAGGUAGUCGGACCAACUACAAGUAAAAAGGAACGACUAAAAGUGUACCGUAGUUUAAGGCACACAUCUAAACUUUGUGUGAUUCUGUGAAAUGCUCUGCUUCGCUUUGGAAAUUAAUUGACUUUAUAGUCUGGAAUGAGAUUGCAUGGAUUUCAUUAGAAAUAUUUUAAAAGUGCUUUUCAGUCCAGCAGUUUCAAUUGAAAUCGUGAUAUGUAACUCUACUCAGCUCCUGAAAUCUGGGAUUUCUUGCUUUAGUAUUUUCCUUCUAGUAAAAUUAGUCUCUGUGAGAAUGUUGGUGAAUCUCCUUUUUUGACAGGGAUGGGGACCUCAUGAGAUUUGGAAAUGUUAUGAAAUAUAAUUUAAGUAAUGAGAAAUUAGAUGGCCUAUGUAACUUUUUAUUUGGGUCAUGCGGGCUGGCAAUAUUUAUAGCCCAUACGCAUUCUAUGCUCAGCUGUGCUGAAACACCAAUAAAACCCCAAUGAGAAAUCAAUGUAGAAUAAAUCUUAAGGAAAAGUUAUAAAUCAACUACAUCAUGCUGAGGUGAUAAAGUGGCAAAACAUGCAAUCAGUACAUGAAAUGUGGUGUAUCUAAUGUUUAAUAGCACUUUUCGUCAAUGCCUUAGUUUUCUAUCAUGUUAUGAAGGCAGACAGACUGGUUUCAUUUUACUCCUUACUGUUUGUGAUGACAUGACUAGAGAUUUCCAUCUUACCUUCUUAUGUGAUGUAUCUCUAUGAGAUGUUCGGCUGAUUGACCUGAAUGACCUCACUCUAUUUUCCCUGUGGCCUGAAAAAGCCAAUAAAUGAAUGAACGAAUACCAACCACUAAAGGUAUUAGUAGUUCAUGUGGCAAAAGUUUUGACUCAGACAAGUUUUGAUUAUCUGAUGCCAUGUUCAUGCUCAUGUGUUGAUUAAAAUAUAUACUAAACUUC